UCAAUUGGGUUUAGUUCGAUUUUUGCUUUUGCUCGCAGCGGUUUCUAUUUCGGUUUCAGUUUCGAUUUCUAGCCAAGAGCUAGAUCCGUGUAUUCCAUUGAACAUGUUGCGAUUGGCCAGUUCCACAUAUAGUUCCAUAUGUUUAAUUGUACUUUUGAAUUUUUUGUGGCUGCUCCUGCUGACGACGACGUCCGCCAAGCCAACCGAAUCCAGUGAUUCCAUUACCAAGAAUGAAAUGCAACAUGUGACCAGCUUUGUGAACCAGAAACCCAAAUCUGGAGUCCGAGAGGAGUUUGAUUUCGAGCAGAAUGAGGCUGAAGCGACCAACUCGGCGCAUUUGCAGCAGCUCUUCGGCAGUUUGUUGCAGUUGCCCGGCAAGGGAAAUAUGAGUUUGGAGUUAUCCCUGGAGACGGAUGACGAUCCAGUCAGUGAACGCAACAAGCUGGAUGAUGAGAUGGAGGCCAUUGGCGAGCAGCACGAGGGCUUCACCGAGUCAUCCGAUGAAUGGCAUCGCAUUAAGUUGGCUAUUCCUGUUUUGGAGCCGGUGAAGCACCUAAUAAAUGCAGUGGGAGGCGGUGGUGUUAAUGAUUCCCAUGUCAAGAGCAAUACCCACCGGCUGAUUGGACACCAUGGCGUCCACGAAUCGCAUCAUGCUGCCAGCAACAUCAGCUCUCCGGCCAUCGAAACGGAGGAGGAUCGGGAGACGGCCAUCGACAGCACCAGCUUCGAUCUGCUGGAGACAUUGGGCACUGCCGGUACAGUGCUCAUUGGCAUCUUGACGAAUCUACGGAAGCUCUUUGCCGCCAGCGCCGGAAAUGCCAGCUCAGCUUCCUCCGGCGGCGGCGGUGGAGGAGGAAACUAG